UCCAGCUGGUUUUCAUCCUGAGGUAAGUCUGAAUACUUGUGAUUAAUCUCUGGUUCCCUUUCGUCGCGUUUGGUCGUCCGUUUGAACUCCACCCGUCCUCCCCCGUCGUCGGUGCCUGCGUGGUUGUUGUCGACAGCCCAAGUCCGCAGAGUCUCGCUCGCUCUCCCGCCCUCCUGCUGGUGUUGGUGCUGGCCUGCCACCCGCCUCUUUACCUACUGCUUUCCUCCCUCCUUGAUACUGCCUUUCCCACCCAUCAGUCUCUUUCUCCCCCCCCCUUUCUCCGAUCGGUUCGGUGCUUAUUCAUCGGAUAAUCCCUCUUCAACCGAUCCGAUUUGACCGGAAUCUGCGUCGGUGCUAUUGUGGUGGAAAUACUUAUGUGGUCAUGCCCCAGGCCCCGACAUAAACAAAUCGACCCGCCGUGGCUCUCCUGAACGACUCUCCGCACUUCCCAACCCCCCCAAUUCCGCCGGCUCGCGUGUGGCUCCCGGCUGCACUGGCAUCGAGAUUCUCGUUUGAGUACAUGUGACGGUCCUAUUUGCCGUGACAAUGAAGGGUUUUAGACAGAGAGUGCAUGAGCAGUUGUCGAGGGCAAAGGAUGCGAAUAAAUCCUCGAAGAAGAAGGACGCCAACUCCCAGAACCAAGCCUCCAUCGGAAUUCACCAUGCUCAGCAGUCCUCCUCUCCCAACCAAGGCACCCCAACCUCCUCCUCCACAUCCGUGAACGAUACCAGAGGGAAGUCGCCGGAUAAUGCUCCGCAGGCAGGGACCUUUCCAGCAGGUCAGUAUUCCACCCCGCAGGGCGCCGGUGUGGCUGGCCAACCUGUGAAUAAUGGAGGUCCAGGCACUCCCACCAAGCAAGGUCAGCAAGUGGCCCCGAGCUUGGUCAUUAGCCCCAGCGGUCCGCAUGCCCCUCCCCCCGGCGCCGCAGAGACGAUGCCCGGUGAUCUCGCUCCGCCCCGGAAGUCUCAUGUCUUCGAUCGCUUGCAAACGACCCCCAAAGAUUUGUCGGAAGGGAUCCGGACGCCCAAGCGCCAGCACUCGUCGCGUUUCGACAUCUCUGACCAGCGUCAGCGGGAGCUGGAGAAACUCCCGGGGUUCCACGAGGUGCCCCCCAAUCGUCGUCAGGACCUGUUCAUGCAGAAGAUCGAUCAGUGCAAUAUCAUCUUCGACUUCAAUGACCCCACCGCGGAUAUGAAAUCGAAGGAGAUCAAGCGGCUGGCGCUCCAUGAGCUCUUGGACUACGUCGCCAACAACCGUUCCGUCAUCACGGAGCCCAUGUACCCGCGCGUCGUCGAGAUGUUCGCCAAGAACCUCUUCCGACCGAUCCCCCCGCCCGUGACGCCCCAAGGCGAGGCGUUCGACCCGGAGGAGGACGAGCCGGUCUUGGAGGUCGCCUGGCCGCACAUCCAGGUGGUCUACGAAUUUUUCCUGCGGUUCAUCGAGAGUCAGGACUUUAACACGAACAUCGCGAAAGCGUACAUCGAUCAUCACUUUGUUCUUCAGUUAUUGGAGCUCUUUGACUCGGAAGAUCCCCGGGAACGGGAUUUCCUCAAGACCACCUUGCAUCGGAUUUACGGAAAAUUCUUAAACUUGCGCUCGUAUAUUCGUCGAUCCAUCAACAAUGUCUUCUUCCAAUUCACGUACGAGACCGAGCGCUUCAACGGGAUUGCUGAGUUACUCGAGAUUCUCGGGUCGAUCAUCAAUGGCUUCGCCCUGCCGCUCAAGGAGGAGCACAAGCUCUUCUUGACGCGGGUAUUGAUUCCCCUGCACAAGGUCAAGAGUCUGAGCAUGUAUCAUCCGCAGCUUGCCUACUGUAUUGUUCAGUUCCUGGAGAAGGACUCUUCCCUAACAGAAGAGGUGGUCAUGGGCCUUCUCCGCUACUGGCCAAAGACGAACAGUACCAAGGAAGUGAUGUUCUUGAAUGAGGUCGAGGACAUCUUCGAAGUGAUGGAUCCGGCAGAGUUUGCCAAGGUCCAAGAGCCCUUGUUCCAGCAACUGGCCAAAUCGGUGGCCAGCCCGCACUUCCAGGUCGCCGAACGUGGGCUCUACUUCUGGAACAACGAAUAUUUCUGCAACCUUGUUAGCGACAAUGUCGAGACCAUCCUGCCGAUCAUGUUCGCCCCGCUGUACGAGAACUCGAAGGGUCACUGGAAUAGAACCAUCCACAGCAUGGUGUUCAAUGCGAUGAAGAUGUUCAUGGAGAUCAACCCCCGCCUGUUCGAUGAAUGUUCCCACGAAUACAACGAGCGGCAAAACAGCGCCGAACAUCGCGAGCGAGAGAGACAGAGCCGGUGGGAGAAGCUCGCCGCACAGGCCCAGGACAGGAAGAAUGGCAUUCCUGCGCCGGCCCCGGCUCCCAGCGCCUCUAGCGCGGAAAUUUCGGUCCACUUGGAUGAUGUCGAUGCCCUCACUCAAGACAGCCAGAAACGCCUUAAUGCUCUGAAGCUGGACGAGCCGAGCUCCAGCAAGGAUCGACGGGGGGUGCCAGCCACGCAAGCGUGAUUCUAACGUUGGAACGUCCGUUUAAUCCAGAGACCGCGCCGGGGCUCCGUUGAUGGUGCUAGAAGGCGACGAAGUGGUAGCGGCAGCGAGAUUCGAACCCGACGACGAUCGGGCUCUGGAUCUGCUGUGAUGCUGUCACGAAGCAACUCGACUAAAUAAUGACGGGGUGGCAAAGCACUAGCCCAAUGCAUUCCCCACGGUGAUGGAACAUCGAUUAUACUGCGAUGGAAGCGUCCUUGUUUUCGUGGAUUGACUGACUAUACGAUCCGACCCCCGGUUUCAUCCUGUGUUGCCUUCAUCUCUCCUCCUUACACCUCUUCUUCUCCUUCCAGCCCCCCAUCUUUUUUAAACUUCUCUUAUUUCCCCCCCCCUUUAUUAUCAUUUCUUUUCUGAUGUGUUCAUUUCAUUUAUGUGUACAUGGCUUUUGAUAUUCUUCUCUCCGCGCGCGGCGCUGUUUUUCAGUCCGCAAUUUUUUUGAGCGGACGCUUGAGUUUGGACUAUUAGAACUGUGUUCGGGUCUGGAAAACGGGUGCGAAUGGCGUUUCCCUUCAUCGACAUUGAUGUCGAUACUUUUUUCUCUGUCUCCAUUUUCUUGUCCUUCUAAUUUUUUUUCUUUUUUUUUUUUUUUUCUUCUGAGACCAUGGCAUACCCGUGUCUUC